AUGGGCUCUUUAAUGUCAAAACAAUCCAGUGGUAAUACAGUUACAACCAGAAAUCAUACAUCUGAAGAAAACUCCUUCCAGAAUUUCACAAGCUCGCUUCGUCGUUCCCUGCGCAUCAAACGUCGUUCUACAAAUGCCUCGGAUUUGCCCAGACCUCAAUCACAGUUGUCACCCUCAGACCCAUCCAAAACUCCAGCUCCAGUGAGAUCAAAACUACCGGAAAUCUUCAAGCAGCAACCUGAAUCUACUACUAUUCAUACACCUUCUCCAGCGGCUCCAGAAAGUGUUAAUUUUUCAUCUAUUUCUAAGGUUGCACCUACUCCAGAUCAAGAAUCGCCAAAGAUCAAGAUUCCACCAGAAGAAGUUGGCAAAGCGAUGAAUGUCCUAAAGGAAGCUAUUGAAACAAAGGGCAAGGAAGCAGCAGGUUUUGUAAAUCAGAAAGCUGAAGAGAUCGGUGAGAAAAUUGAGGAGACUGUAAAUACGGGACUUCAGCAAGUACGCACAUUCAAAGAUGAUGUCAUCGUGAGUGGCAAAGAAGUUAAAGAUGUCAUUGAUAAGAAACUGAAAGAAGCUGGGGAGAAAGUUCAGACACAAGUUGAUGAAGGUCGAUUGGAAGUGGAGAGUAUUCUUUCUCGUCUAUCUCCAGCUGGUAAAUCAGAAGAACAGAGUCCAGAGGUUGAAAUUACUCCAAAACCUGUUAAAACAAGCCUUCUAGCAUCUCUUGAGAAGCGUAAAAUGCAGAGGGAAGAGCGAUUACAAAUAACGCAAAUAUCCGAGUCCCGAUUUGUUAAAGUUAGGGGAAAUCCAAAGUCAUCGAAAGCAUCUUGCAUCAGGAAACCCUUCUUAAUGCUGAACAUUAUCUACAUGAUUGAGAAUUUCGAUGCUACCAUCGAACUCUCAGAAGCUUAUCGAAAUAGUGCCACUUUCUACAUAACCACACCUCAGUAUCCUCCCUCCUUUGAGAAUGUAACGUAG